UUUAAAUUUACUACUAGUUACUUCAUCCAAAAAUGGAAGAUUCAGAUGAUAUUCGCAUUAGACAAGAAACAGAAAAUAUCGAAAAUUGGUGGACAGAUGAGAGAUUCAAUGAUACUAACAGAAAUUACACUGCAAGAGACGUUGCUGUUAUCAGACCCUCCAUUUCUUUGACAACUCCCUCUCACUACUUGUCAAGGAAGUUGUACUUCACUUUGAGGAGAAAUUUCAAGAAGGGUGCUGUUUCUAAUACUUUUGGAGCUCUUGACAAUAUCCAGGCGAUUACUAUGAGCAAAUAUCUUACCUCCAUUUAUGUGAGCGGGUGGCAACUCUCAUCCAACUGAGACGAACCAGGACCAGACUUUGCUGAUUACCCAUCUAUCACCGUGCCUGAGCAUGUAAACAAGUUGGUCAAUGCUCAGAUCUUCCAUGAUAGGAAGCAGAAUGAAGAGAGAUCUAGAAUGUCUGCUCAGGAGAGGAAGGAUACACCUAGAAUUGACUACCUAACACCUAUUAUUGCAGAUGCUGAUGCUGGUUUUGGAGGUGUUACUAGUGUCAUGAAACUGACAAAGGCCUUCAUCGAAGCUGGAGUAUCUGGAAUCCAUAUUGAAGACCAGAAGGCAGGUGCUAAGAAAUGUGGUCAUCUCGGAGGAAAAGUUCUUGUAAAUACUAAAGAACAAAUGCAAAGACUCUAUGCUGCAAGAUUACAAGCAGAUGUAAUGGGAUGCGACUUAGUAAUCGUUGCAAGAACUGAUUCUUACUCAGCUGCUUUCUUAGAUACUAACAUUGAUCCUCUCGACCAUCCUUAUAUUUUGGGUGUUGUCGAUGAAGAAUAUCCUGAUAACUUAAUGACCUUCCCAGAGGCUGGUGAGAAGGCUAUUGCAGAGACUUUUGUCAACGAGUCAAGAAUCAAUAAAAUGCUCAAAGUUUGGAACGCCAACUGUACGAACAUGUCCUUGAAAGAAGCUCGUGAAUUUGCCAAAGAACUCGGGUUCGAAUUGAAAUUCGAUUGGGAAGCUUGUCGCUCAGAUGAAGGAUACUACAAAAUCAAGGGCACUCUAGACUACUGUGUAAAGAGAGGAAGAAAGUUUGCUGAGGUAGCUGAUCUUCUGUGGAUGGAGACACCAAAGCCAGAUUUGAAACUCGCCAAAGGAUUCGCAGAUGGAAUCCACGCUGUUAAGCCUGACCAAAUGCUAGCAUAUAAUUUAUCUCCAAGUUUCAACUGGGAUGCAUCAGGAAUGAAUGAGGAAGAAAUUGCCGCUUUUAUUCCAUCAUUGGGUAAGAUGGGAUACUGCUGGCAAUUCAUCACCCUUGCUGGAUUCCAUCUGAAUGCAUUGAUGUGUGAAAUUUUUUCAAGAGAAAUUGGCACACAAAACAUGAUGAGAUAUGUAGAACUCAUCCAAAGAGCUGAGAGAAGAGAGAAUGUUGCACAACUCAAGCACCAGAAAUGGUCAGGUGUCGAUCUCAGAGAUAAAGAGGUAGAACUAUCCUCUCCUUUCAAUGUAGGCACUAAGGCAAACCAAGAUGGUUGCACAGAGAGCCAGUUUGGAAAUGCUAAAUUGUAGUGCUUCCUUAGGAUUAUUUAGAUUAGAAAUAGCUCUUUCAA